GUUUUUUUCUUCUACAAUUUCGUUGGAUCUUGUUUAGUGAUUUUGAAGAAAUGUUGAAGUUUUGGUAUUAGGGUUUCUCUUAAUUCUUGUGAACUUUAGCUUGUUUGUGUUUGAUUUCACAUUUGGGAAAUCAUUAAUAAUCUUCUAGGUUCUUUUUUGUUUAAUUCUUUGUUUGCAUUUCUAGCUCUAAUUUGGUUAAGUUACGGUUUACGAACUAAAUACAUUCCGAAAUCUGCAUUAGUGUGUUAGAUGUUAGCUCUUACCUACUACGCUUCCGAAUUUUAUCGGAUUAUGGCUGAUGAUCGAGAUGAAGAUUCAAAGUCACGUAGAUUUUCUUCGCGUAUUUGCAAUUUUGAUUUCCAGGCUUUAGAUAGAGUUUUGAUUCAAGCUGUAGGGGAAAAGAGAGAAGAAAAAUGUCGGGAUCUGAAACUGGUGUUAUCACCAGUAGAGAACCUUUCGGCGUCGGCGUUCAAAAUAGCUCCUUACACUCGCAAUCGGCGGCUCAGAAUAUGCGAUUAGCCUUUGGCGCCGAUGGGACAGGCUACAAGCCUGUAACUCCUUCGACCUCACCGUCUUACCAAUCCUCCAUGGCCGGUGUUUCUGGUAAUGCCGGAAUUGAGGGAUCGGCUGGUGGAGGAGGAGGAGGGUCUAUGUUGCCUCAUGGGUUCAACAUAAAUUCGGUGGGCAGUGAGCAAAUAAAGAGGAAGAGGGGUAGGCCGAGGAAGUAUGGACCGGAUGGCUCCAUGGCUUUAGCUUUGGGUUCUGGGCCGCCAUCAGGAACUGGAUGUUUUCCUCCUUCAAAUAUGGCUAAUUCUGCUUCUGAAGCUUUGGGCUCACCAAAUUCAUUGAAGAAAACUAAAGGCAGGCCACUUGGUUCUAAGAAAAAGCAACAAUUGGAAGCUUUAGGAUCGGUUGGCAUUGGAUUCACCCCACAUGUUAUUGAUGUGAAGGCUGGAGAGGAUGUAUCGUCAAAAAUAAUGUCCUUUUCUCAGAAUGGCCCCAGAGCUAUAUGUAUCCUGUCUGCAAAUGGAUCAAUAUCAAAUGUGACUUUACGUCAACCUGCUACAUCUGGUGGAACUGUUACUUAUGAGGGGCGAUUUGAAAUUUUGUCUCUUUCGGGUUCGUUUCUCCUGUCUGAAAAUGGUGGUCAGAGGAGCAGAACUGGUGGGUUGAGUGUAUCUUUGUCCGGUCCAGAUGGUCGAGUUUUAGGUGGCAGUGUGGCAGGUCUUCUCACAGCUUUAUCUCCUGUUCAGGUGGUGGUUGGAAGUUUCAUAGCCGAUGGCAACAAGGAACCGAAGCCAGCUCGACAAAAUGAACUCACCACUGUCUUACCAAUGCUAAACACAGCCGGCUUCGGUCACUUGACAGGUGGAGCCAGCAGUCCAUCCCAUGGGACGCUGAGUGAGUCUUCCGAUGGCAGCCCUGACAGUCCCCUCAACAACAGCUCUGGAGGAUGCAACAACAGCAACCAUCCACAGGGCAUGUCCGGCAUGCCAUGGAAGUAAGUAUCCUAGCGAUUGAAUCCUGCUAUGGUCCGAUGAUGUGUCGAUAAUCUAAUUUCCAUGAUGGGGAUGGGUGCUGAAAGUUGUAUUUCUAAUGUCUUUUGGGGUGUCAAGGGAAGCUUUUGUAAUUUGUAAUUGUUCUUAAAAGAAAAAAAAAUCAGUUUUAGCGUGAUACUAGGAAAUCCAAGUAGGGAGAGGUUCACUGUCUAAUGUUUUUGUUCGUCAAAGGGUUUGUUUGAUUUGUUAGAUUGAGCUAUGAGGUCAGUAGAAGAGAGUUGGAUGGUUUUAGUUAGGUUAGUGUUGUAACGACAUAUUAUUAACUUUAAUCAAUUUCUGUCCUGUUUUA